AUGGAUGAGCUGCUGCAAAGUUAUGUGAAAAAGAAGGGUAUAGCUGCUUCCUUCGAGUUGGGCCGCUACAGUGCCCUGCAGACACAGAAUGCUAUCAAUGGCUCUGCGCUGUCGAAGCUGAAAGAGUUGGUAGGUGUCUUGAUGAAGUUGGAGACGGGCCUGCACUUCAAGUUUUCAGACUUGAAGGGGUCCUUGCGGAGGUGCUGCCUACAGUUUCCGGAGUUGAGGUACAAGAUGGAGGAAAGCAAGAGGUGUGACUAUGAGGGAACCAUGGCUUCUGCCUUGCUUUGUGUCUGUGCGCAUACCAGGCGCCUGAAAGACUCAACAAGGUUCCGGGAGGCUUGCUCAAAGUGCACAGACGACGAAAAGAAAGAGCUCUUGGAGAUGAAGAAGUGGCUUAGUGGAGAAGAAAGCGAAGGAGAGGACCAAGAAUCUGUGGCUGGUUCCAUAGAGCUUCCAAGCUUGCCAGCAACACCUUUGAUGGCAACACCGAAGAAGAGAAAGGCAGUGGCAUCGGCCACGCCAGAAGAGAAAGGACAGCCUGACUUGGAUGAGGAAGCAGAAAUGGCGACCCCACUGCCUUCCAGAAAGGCAAAGCUGAAGGAGAAAGUCCUGAAGAGGCCUGCAGCUGUUUCACCGCAAAAGAAACCAGCAGCUAAGAAGGUUGAGAAAAAGAUGGAAGGCAAGAAGAGCUGGGUUCUGAUGUACUACAAGAGAAGCAAGUCGACUUUGAAGAAGCCUGCUGCCCAACAGAAAGCCGGUAUGAAAAGGCCUGCAGCUCAUGAGAAAGAGGAAAAGCCGCCAAAGACCCACAAGAAAAAUGGAAAGGACAAAGAAGAGGAGGAAGAAGAUGAUGAGAUUGUGGAACCGCUACCUCUCACCGAGGAGGCGCUGCAGAGCCACAACAAGUUCCUCUCUGAAAUGUCAAAACACAAGGACAUGAGCCAGACGCAAUUUGACAAGACAUUGGCCACCUUACCGAGUCGCACAGCUGAGAGGUUGUGGAAGGCCUUUGAGGCGUGCAGAAAAGAGACAGGGAGUGAUGGACAGUACAAAGAAGCAUCCAGCGGCUGUGGCCAGCAGAAAAAGAAAAGAGCGCUUCUGAGAGGAUGGUGCAUGGACAAGGGAAAGCCCUUCCAGAAAUGGGGGGCAGAGGAACUGAAGGAUCGACUGCAGAAAGGCACCAUCAAAGCUCGCCGCAAUCCCUUGGACAGGGACUACUGGGAGUUCCAAGCCAUUGUUGAGAAGAAGUCCAAUAUGGCAGAGAAGGACCGAGAAACCCAGUAUGGAUCUGCAUGGCAGAAGGUUGACCACAAGAAGAUGGCGGCGAUUGAAGCUGUGGCUGUAGACGAGGUGCACUCCAGCGACAUGGAGUUGUGUGAACAGUUUGAAACGACGAAGUAUGGAGAGCACAGACUGAAGAUGAUUACAGCCUUGGACGACAUGCUGCAGCUGAUGGACAUGAAGCUCUACAGAUUUCCCGCUGCUUUGCGGGACAAGUUCGCCCAGAAGGUCCACAGCCAGUCUCCGCCGAAGGCGGCUGAAAGCAUCAUGCAGAAGUACAGGCUCAGCAUGCACUUAAUUCUCAGUGGCUUGAUGGUUUUAGACGAGGAAGGAGAUGACUGA